AUGGCGGUAAAGACGGAUAUGAGCAAAGCUUACGAUAGACUUGAAUGGAGCUUCAUCACUUCAGUGCUCGAGAGGCUAGGAUUUCACCAACACUGGAUUGGUUUGAUCAUGCAAUGCAUCUCAACUGUUACAUACUCCUUCCUCAUUAACGGUUCGUCUAGAGGAAAGGUUAUACCGAGUCGAGGGAUCCGCCAAGGCGACCCCCUCUCACCCUACAUUUUCAUACUUUGUAGUGAAGUGCUCUCGGGUCUUUGUAACAAAUCACAAGCGGAUGGAACGAUUCAGGGAAUACAAGUGGCUAGGGGGAGUCCCCGGAUAAACCAUUUACUCUUCGCGGAUGAUACGAUGUUCUUCCUUAAAGCGGAUAAAGCUUCCACGAUCGCGCUUAAGGCAAUUAUCACCAAAUAUGAAGUCGAAUCGGGCCAAUCAAUCAACAGAGAAAAAUCGUCUAUCACUUUCUCGCGUAAGGCGCCAGCUGAACUGAAGCGUAUGAUUCACAAUAUACUCCAAAUUCAUAAGGAGGGGGGAGUUGGAAAAUACCUCGGACUGCCAGAACAGUUUGGGAGACGAAAGCGGGAUAUCUUCUCCUCGGUGGUGGAGAGAAUCAAACAAAAGGCGAGCUCCUGGUCCAAUAGACACCUUUCCCCUGCGGGGAAACUGGUGAUGGUCCAAAGUGUGUUGACUCCAAUACCGAGCUACUCUAUGUCGUUCUUCAAGCUGCCUGUCUCCCUAUGCAAGCGCAUUCAGUCGGCACUAACACGAUUUUGGUGGGACGAUAGAGGUGGGAAGCGAAAAAUGGCCUGGAUCUCUUGGCCAAAACUAACCCUCCCAAAGAGUGAUGGAGGGCUUGGAGUAAGGGACAUUGAAGCCUUUAAUGAGGCGUUGUUAGCCAAAGUCAGUUGGAGACUACUGCAGCAACCAGAAGGCCUUUUGGGACGAACCUUACUGAGCAAAUACUGCCCAGAGGGUAACUUGCUGACAUGCUCACCACCUGGUGCUGCAUCACACGGAUGGAAUAGUAUUUUGGCUGGGAGGGAUCUUCUAGUCAAGAACUUGGGGUGGUUAGUAGGUGAUGGAGCAUCUAUCAACAUCUGGGAUGACCCUUGGUUGAGCCUUGAAAAGCCACUACAACCGAUGGGUCCAGCUACACAGGCCUCGGCAAUGUUGGUCGUGAAAGACCUGAUUCAUGCUGACAGAGGAGAAUGGAAUCGUGGCUUAAUUCAGACGGUCCUACCACACUGGGAAGACCAAAUCCUUUUGCUCCAACCAAGUGUGAGAGGCGCACCAGACAUCCUUAAAUGGCUAGGUACAAAGAGAGGAGACUACUCUGUCAAGUCAGGGUAUCACACGGCCAUGAGCGAAGUGAGGGACAAGAUUCUAGAGGAUGAAGCGACUGCAGAGAUCGACUGGAAAAAGACGGUGUGGAAUCUUAAGCUUGCCCCGAAAGUCAAAAUGUUCAUAUGGAAAGGCCUGAAAGGAAUUCUUCCUACCGGGGAGAGACUGCUUGAACGCCAUAUCAAUGUAGACCCGAGAUGCAAGCGAUGUGGCUGCUCGGAAUCUAUCAAUCAUCUUUUGUUUCACUGUCCUUUUGCCCGGGAGGUCUGGAAGUUGUCCCCUCUUGAUGGAAACUUUGAAGUAAGCGGAUUGACAGAUUUAAGAGCAGAUUGGACGGCGGUACACGCGCAGAGAUGUCUCCCUCCCGCGGGGGUCUCUGAUACGAUGCUGGUCCCCUGGAUACUCUGGUCGAUUUGGAAAGCACGAAACAAGUUUCUCUUUGAGAACUUUGCUGGGAAUCCAGCGGACACACUGUCAAUGGCUAUUGUAGCCGCGCGCGAAUGGGUUGGAGCACAACAAGAGAAAGAAGUUAAGAGUUCUCCUACCAGCAUACAGGGAACUGAGGAGCAAGUCGACAUGGUGAUUAGAUCUGAUGCUGCUUGGUCAGUGACUAACAAAUGUGCAGGUUUAGGAUGGGUGAUGCUCACGCAAGCACAAAUCUUACGAGGGCAUAAAGGAGCUAGCUUUGUCUCGUCGGCCCUUACUGCAGAGGCGUUGGCGCUCAGAGAGGCGGUAAAAUUUGGGCACGACAUGAACCUAAAGAGAGUGCGGUUCGAGUCGGACUCUGCGCAUCUAAUAAAAGCCAUCAACAAGAGAGAGCCGUAUAUGGAGCUGUAUGGGAUACUGGAGGACAUCCUCCGUUUGUUGAAUGAGUUUGAUGUUGUUGUUUUUGGCUGGAUAUCUCGAGAGAGUAAUGGUGUUGCAGAUUUGCUUGCAAAGAACACCUUAUCUUUGUAUGAACAAGAAGUGGCUGGUGAAGAAUUAAUUCCUCCACCAAACAAUUAA